CGGCGAGUUGAUACUUAGUAAGCACAUCGGCCAACAUGUCUGCCGUGCCAGCAUGAACCAACUUGAGCGUGCCACUGGCAAUGAUGUCGCACAGCAAUGUGCUUGGAUCGGUCGCUUGUUGUGUCGUUUUGCGCCGUCACAAUCGCUGCCUUGUUGUCGCAGUGCAGUGUUGUUGUCCCUUGAGGUUCGCCCAGGUCUUCAAGGAGGCCACGGAGCCAAAUGCCGUCCUUCGUUUCUUCAGCUGCAGCGACGUACCCCGACUCACACGUCGAUAUCGCCACGAUGCAUUGUUUUGCUGACUUCCAUGAGACGGCGUCACCGCAGACGAGCCAAACAAAGCCAGUCGUUGACUUGAGGUAGUGAAGGAAGCGCUUGGCCCCAACAAGAUGUGGAAUGCGUGGGUCAUGCAUGUGGCGGGACAAACGCUGACUGCGUGUGAUAUGGUUGUGUGCAAGUGGUUGGUUUGGGUCAUCCCAUGCGCCAUCGCACGCGUUCUGCAAAACGCUGCUUGUGAUAAGCUCCCCUUGGCGCUUGAGGUCCAUUUUCUUUUCGAGCUCGUCAAUAACUGCCUCCGCCCGCGAUGCGGUCUUGGCCGCCACGACAAAAUCAUCAAACUACUUGCAAACCAUUUCAGGUUUGCCAUCAACUGUGCAAAGGAAGAGACAAGGGUCGUGUUGGCUUGCCACGAAACCAAGGGAGAUCAUGAUUUUCUUGCAGCGCAGACUUGGAUUUCGGGUGGCAAGUCGGCUUGGACGAAAGGGUUGUUUGCAUCGCACUGAACAGCAACGAGGCUACGGGCACAUAUCCAGGCCAUGACGACCGGCGAGAAGGUUGCGUCGAAGUCAACGCCCUCGACUUGGGAAAAUCCUUUCACGACGAGGCGUGCCUUACCCACAUGUUUCCGAUGGCCUUACGUCCCACCGCUCACGGAGUUCGGCGUCGCGCCAUUGCUGUUUCUCGCGGCAAGACAUGGCUUCAGCAUGCGAUUGAGACCAUUGUUGAAGCAUGAUCACGAUGAUUAUGGUCGAAGUCUAUUUCGCCGAAGCGUUGUGGCGAACGUAGUUCGCGAGUUGGUCGAGCCGCUAAGAGUCGACGGUUGCUCCCCUCUUCCGACAUCUUGCACAUCAAGCCUGAAGAGGUCUUGAUGCAGGCGGCACUGGGUUUCCCACAAUUCUUGUUUGAUGCUGUUCGGAAUUGGUGCUGAUUAUAGGCGCUUGGCGAUCUUGUGCAGUUUGCUGCGAAGUUGGAUUUCGUUGCCUUCAUUCGACGAGGGCAUGGGCGUCAUUCAUGAUCCUUUUCGGGGUCCGGUCGAACGGCUCCCCUUCAUCGUCAGAGCUGUCAUCAUCGCUGUCAUUUGCUGUAGCCAAGUACGAGUCGAUGGGGACAGGCGGGUGGAGGAAUUCACUUUCGUGGAAUGUGACGUGGACGCCCGUGGUGACUUU